UCGACCUGUUCAGUCUCAGGCUGACAUCAUGCAGAGAGAGCUGGAGAGCUGCCUGAGUUUGGAGUACACUCCGGACAGUCUGCCCCUUCUGCUGCACCAGGACCAGAUGUUGAAUUUGAGGUGUGAGUAUGAGGACGCCGUUCAGAGAGCUCGGAGACUGUCAGCGAGCAGAGAGAAGGUCCUGACCAGCCGUGGAAACCCUGCCAACCUUCUCACUCAGGACGAUGUGGUCAUUUAUCUGCAGUGGCUGAUCUGCCAUCUCCACUCUGUGCAGACCAUUCACAACUUCCUGAGGGUGUGGCUGAUGAAGUUCCUCUACUCACAAUUCACCUGGAGGAGUUUCUACCUGAGCUGCAGACUUUGAUCACCUACUUCCAGCUGCCAUAUGACACUGGGAAUCUCAGGACGGCUGCAGAUGAGAUGGAGCUAUUCAGCAGGGUGUGGAGGGAGUUCAGAGGGAUCUUUCAACAGCAGGAACAGACAAAAACAUUUCCUCAGUAUGAUGGUACGGAUGUCAAAGACAACCAUUGGGGGAGGAGAAGUGCUAACAUGGCUCUGAGGAAGGACGCCAAAUGGAUUCCCUUCAUCCAGGUGAAACCCAGACGAGAUCCAUGGCAGCAAAAGCUCUUCACAAAGCUGAAGGAAAAGAAAUCUGUCGAUGGGCUGCUGGAGAUGCACUGCAGCUUUCUGCAGGUUCCAGAUCUGCUCAAUGUGGCUUCAGCUUUGAAAGAACACGCCGUUCAUGUUGCCAACUGGACACCAUCCUCAUCAGAAUCAAGCAGCAGUGAGACGAAACGAUGCAAAACCUCUGCAAUAUGGAGAAGCCUUUACAAUGCUGCCAGUGGUGUAUGUGUCAGACCAGAGGUGGCCGCUCGGUGGAGGAGCACCUGCAGGUACUGGGUUUGGAUGAUAGCUUAGAGGAGGGUGCCUCUGACUUGGUUGUAGCCAAGGGAGCAAACCUGUCCUUGACCUAGCUGCGGCAUCUAAAACUCAGAGAGCUGCAGCGUGUUUGUCUUGGGAUGCUGAACUACCUGCGCUCUGUGGAGAGGACUUUGAUUUAUGACCUUGCAGGUCUGCAGCUGGAGGAGCAGGAGCUCUGCAGCACAGCAGAGGAGACAGGUUGCAUGAAUGCUGUCAGAGGAGGAAGAGGAGAGGCGGGAGGUCUCAGCUCGCUCCAGUACAUCCACAACACUCCUGUCGACUAUAAGAUCCAAUGGUCAGAGUUCAAGGAGUUUCCAGAAGUGGAAAAUUUUCAUGAUUUCUACAGCUGCCAGGAGCGUUUUAUCCACGUUCAGGACCACAGAGGGUUUUACAUCAAGAAUGAUGUUGCUCUGAAGGACCUGGAGGAACUGAAGAAUGAACUUCUCCUCAUCGGUUCGCACUUCAUCCUCAGAAAUGAGCUCAAACAAAAGGAAGCUGUGAAGAUCGGCACAGCUGACGUCGCUCGAGUUGCUCUUCUUCUCCACUUGUGGAUGUGUGAGACAACGUUUUUGGAGAGCAAAGUGCAGCUCAUGAACUGUUACUAUGAGGCCUACCAGCAUGCAACAGGUACUGAGGAGAGGUUUGCGCUGGCCCAAGUCAUCACUGACAUCAUGCACAUGAGACCAAAGCUGGACAUGGAACAGGAAUACUUUGUUCAGACCUACAGGGCUGAGAUCAGCUGCCUACAGAGCCACCAGCAGCUCAUUCAAAGAGUUCUGGACAAUCAGAUAAAAGCACAGCGAGGGUACCUGACCGUAUCUGGAAAGAUAAUUGCAAAGGCUCCAUUCAUGCAUAUGGUCUUCCAUCAAACUAUGUUGCUCGACAUCUGGUCUCACUUGGAGGCAGCAGCCCUGGACUGAUGAACGUUUUCCUCCUUGAGGUCCACCCCUCUCUCUGUCAGGCCUCUGCAAUCUAUCAAGGAUUAGUUCAGGCUCAUGCUGAGGUCUGUCAGCUGCACCGGGCCGCAAGCAGCACUGACAGACUCUUCCUGCAGCAGAAGCUACUACAGCAGGCUCUGCAGAGCUGGGACAGUCUGGCUUCACCAGGAGCCUCCUACAGUUCUCAAAUCCAAAAAGACCUAAGUUUUCUUCUUUUCUUGGGAGUCUGUUCAGAUUACAUAAUAAACAAGAGAUGAAACAAUGUCACUGAAUUCCAGUUUCUCUCAGCUGUUUUCAGAUGUGUUUUUUGAUGACCCCCUUUUGGUCCAGAAGGUUGGCCUUCUAAUAAAAUCUGCAGAGGACAGGGACAUGAAAAAGGGACAAGAGAAACUGUUGUAUGCAGUGGGAACUUUUUCUAAGCUGUUGGAACUCGCCACCAUCCGCCAUCGUCUGCUGGAAUCAGCAUCUGAGACAGCACAUCUGGCCGAGUUAAUAAAACACUCUCCUCAGGGUGGAAGAAAAGAGAAUCAGCCAAGAAACACAACAUCACCUGAUGCUUUGUUUUAGCCCCUAAAACAAAGAUUCUGGAGACAUGACAGUUUUUCUUAGUUUUUACUUGUGCUACAUAUUUCUAUUGUUUAUUUGAACAAAGUGUCCCUGCUUCAACACACUUGAUUCAAAUUAAAUAGGUCCAUCACUUAUUUGAAUCAGGUUUGUUGG